UCGCCAUUUAGCUGAUAGGACCGACGAGCCUUAGCAAGCAUAUGUAGAUGGAGUUUAAUCCAAAAUAAAGAAAUUAAUCACAGCAUUAUGUUAUGUUUUGAGGGAAGGCUUUAGGCUUGUUUUGCUUUUCGUGUAACUAGUUGUUUGAAAGAUACUAGGAAGCUAGCUUGCUUUAUGUUUGCGAACUAAAUAGCGCAAACUAACGUUAUCAGUGGUGGAUGCAGGCAGCUGGCUAGUUAGCAAGCUAUUGUGUGAUACGUUGCUAAGUUUUUUUUUUUUUGAAUGGCUCUUUAUUAAUAUCUUGGUGGUGUUUUCUCCUUUGCGUCUGUUUAUUUCCCCAGCCUCAGUGAGAAACCGGCACGACAUCGCAUUAGCUAGCUAGCCAGUGGUGUGUUCAGUAAUAGAUAGGCAGCUUGCCAGUGGUAUCGGUGAUGUGUUCGGAAGCCAGUUAGCUGGCUAGCUUAUUCGUCAGCGAACUUAGCUUACUAAUAAAUCAUUUAGCGAUGCUAUGGAUACUGCAAUUACGUGUAGCGUACUAGCUUAAGACGAAGACAUUUGUAGAACACGUACAACCUGUUUUCUAAAUCAAUAAUCGCUUUCAUCACCACAGUAACGUUGGCUAUUUGGUUUUUCUGACUAGCUAGUUAGGUCUUGACCGUGUGACAGUUUUGUACCGUCCGCAGUGAGGAGGGAGGCGGCUUCCCGGGCCUGUGUGUUUGAUAAAGUCUGGCUUGCAGUAGCACUGUCAGUAUUCAGUCGAGUCGGACACGCGUUCAGACGGCGCCACAACAAACGUUUCGGACUAGUGUGUCGAUGGAUAAAACAACGUGCCGGGCAAAAAAUGACUUCGACUGAUCGUUGUAGCUUUUAACCGCUUGCUGUAGCUACGUCUAAGGAGAAACUGCACACAUGGAAACUCGGAACUGUCAUUUUUGUCUGUUGUUAGGAAAACAAAGGACCUUCACGUUCUAAUCUUGGUCUAGUCCGGACGAACUAAAAAAAGGGGUGAACCGCAGUGGAUUUUGCUGUGCACUGUUCCUUGAUGACCGUGAACUACAGUAUAGUUUAUGGCGAAAACUAAACGCAGAAGAAAUUAUCGAGGUCAACGCAACCGAAACAUUAGUUGUAGCCGGACGGGACUAGACAACAUCCCCCCAUCUCUCUUCUGGCACUCCGGAGCCGAAGCUAACGAGAGUCAAAGGAGUAACAUUGAUUGGCUUGCUUGCUACACAGUUAUUGUUUUACUGUAACGUAAACCAUACUAAGUAUUCAAUCUUGAAGUGGCCUUUUCCAGCCGUGGUUUUAACUUACUAAAAAUACACCCGUCAAACACUGUCGCUAUGGAAUGUAUCGCAUGCUAGCUAGCUACUUGCUAACGACGCGUGUGCUCGGAUCUGCGGUCAUCUCAUUCUAGCUGAUGUUAGUUCAUCGUUUUGCACAUUUUGGAAGACCAGUUGUGGCCAUAUAUUGUGCAUUUAUUUUUGCUUGGAAAUACCACUGCAUUCCAGUUGCCUACAGACUAAUCCGAAGUGAAGAAAAAUGGCUGUGACGACAAGAAAGUGAUCCUGGACCUAGGUGCUGAUUGUGCACCCCUGUCGCCCACAUUGACGGACAGAAGACCAAGCUCCCCGCUCUUAACGGUUGUCUCUUUUGCUCAAUGAAUGUGCCGUGGUUACUGCAGGAUGGAUGGUGUGGAUUUGACGGUCCUUGUGUGUCAGCAUCAGCGCCUGCUAUUCUGUGACUCUGUCUUGUUCUUUUCCAUUUAUAAAAGAACACCCCCUCUUCUGGGCCCGGACCCUGUGCGCUGUAAAAGCAUUAACCAUCAGUGACACACAGGUGGGGCUACCCCACAAACUCCUCAGAGUUCUUCAGAGAAAUUUUUUUUCUCUUUUUUUUUUUUUUGUUUUUUUUUUGUUUUAAUUUUAUAGUUUUACUUUUGCGUCCCAGGAGUUUUUUUUUGAAGAGGAGUUCAGCUCAAGGAACAGCGAAAUUGAAAAGAGGAAAAUUCGGUUGGCUGUAGUAAUUUGCCGCUCUCCUUGUGUCUGUCUUCGUUUCUGCUGCUGCUCACGUUAACCCAAACGAAAAAGAAAGAAAGAUGUCUGAAAACCCCAACAAGGUCGUGACCUUCCUGGCCCCUCCUCCCCCUCCCCCGAAAAACGGUAACGGUUCCAGCUCCGACUCGCUGGUUGCAGAGAAGCUGGGCGACGUCCGGCGGCGCCGCCACACCAUGGACCGGGACCUGAAGACGGCCGAGCACCGCUUCUUCCGCCGCAGCGUCAUCUGCGACUCCAACGCCACCGCCCUGGACCUGCCCAGCAAGGCCUGCAUCCUCACCACCCCGCCCGACUGCGAGCCCGCCGUGGCCGCCGCCGGGCUCGGCUCCGCCCCCUGCCUGGCCUCCGAGCCCGACGCCGCGGGCGCCCAGGCGGUGGCCGAAGAGCCGGGGGGGCGGCGCGAAGCCGGGGCGGACGGCGCGGCGGAGGAGGCGAGCCCGGCGGGGCGGGACGCGCUCGACGGGGCGGAGGAGCGGUCCUCCUCGGCCCCUCCCGGGACGGCGGAGGAGGCGAGCAGCGAGCCGGGGCGAGGGCCCGAGGGCGAGGACGCCGAGGCGGAGAAGCGCGAGGAAGAGGAGAAGGGGGCCGCCAAGGCCCGGGCGGAGGCCGAGCAGCGGGAAGCCGAGAAGAAGGUCAUCGACGACAUCGAGGAGGUGGAGACCAAGGCCGUGGGCACCUCGCCCGACGGCCGCUUCUUAAAGUUCGACAUCGAGAUCGGCCGCGGCUCCUUCAAGACCGUGUACAAGGGCCUGGACACCGAGACGACGGUGGAGGUGGCGUGGUGUGAGCUGCAGGACCGCAAGCUGUCCAAGUCGGAGCGCCAGCGCUUCAAGGAGGAGGCGGGCAUGCUGAAGGGCCUGCAGCACCCCAACAUCGUGCGCUUCUACGACUCCUGGGAGUCCCCCUCCAAGGGCAAGAAGUGCAUCGUCCUGGUGACCGAGCUCAUGACCUCCGGGACCCUCAAAACGUACCUGAAGCGCUUCAAGGUGAUGAAGAUCAAAGUUCUGCGCAGCUGGUGCAGGCAGAUCCUGAAGGGCCUGCACUUCCUGCACACCCGGGCCCCGCCCAUCAUCCACCGGGACCUCAAGUGCGACAACAUCUUCAUCACGGGCCCCACCGGCUCCGUCAAGAUCGGCGACCUGGGCCUGGCCACGCUGAAGAGGGCCUCCUUUGCCAAAAGUGUCAUAGGUACCCCUGAGUUCAUGGCGCCUGAGAUGUAUGAGGAGAAGUACGACGAGUCUGUGGAUGUGUAUGCCUUUGGGAUGUGUAUGCUGGAGAUGGCUACCUCAGAGUACCCGUACUCCGAGUGCCAGAACGCGGCACAGAUCUACCGCAGAGUCACCAGCGGAGUGAAGCCGGGCAGCUUUGACAAGGUGGCCAUCCCCGAGGUGAAGGAGAUCAUUGAGGGAUGCAUUCGCCAGAACAAAGAUGAGAGAUACGCCAUAAAGGACCUGCUGAACCAUGCCUUCUUCCAGGAGGAGACCGGGGUGCGUGUGGAGCUGGCUGAGGAGGACGACGGGGAGGUGAUCGCCAUCAAGCUCUGGCUGAGAAUUGAAGACGUCAAGAAGCUCAAGGGCAAGUACAAGGACAACGAGGCCAUCGAGUUUUCCUUCGACCUCAACAAGGACGUCCCCGAAGAUGUGGCCCAGGAAAUGGUGGAGUCUGGCUACGUGUGCGAGGGGGACCACAAGACCAUGGCCAAGGCCAUCAAGGACCGCGUGUCGCUGAUCUGCCGCAAGCGGGAGCAGCGGCAGCUGGUGCGGGAGGAGCAGGAGAAGAGGAAGCAGGAGGAGGAGCGGCAGCAGGUGGAGCUGCAGAAGGCCGCCCAGGCCGCCUCCGGAGGGGCCUCGGGGGUCCCGCAGAGCCAGGGCGCCCCCCAGCCGGCCACCUCCGGCCCCGCCCCGGCGCAGACCGAAGCGGAGGAGCCCGAGGCGGACCAACACCAGCCGCCGCAGCUGCACUACCAGCAGCCCGGCAUCUCUAUGGCAUCGGACGGGACAGUGGACAGUGGCCAGGGGUCGUCGGUGUUCUCGGAGCUGCAGCAGAGCCAGCCCGGCAUGUCCUUCGCCUCCCUGCCUCCCCAGCAGCCCCAGCACCAGGGCCUGCCCUCCAGCCAGGCCUCGUACCCGCCCCCCACCUCCCAGCACGCCGCCUACCCGCAGCAGCCCAUGCCGCAGUCUGUGACUCAUCAGUUCAGUGGAGGGGCGCCGGCCCUCCCCGACCCCCCGAUAUUUUUCCCCACCAUCCUGGAGCGGCCCGUCUCCUUCUCGCCGCCGCCCGCCUGCCCGCCCAAAAUGAUGAACGUCCAGCGGCGCAAGAGCACGUCCAUCCUGGAGGCGCACACGCGCCACUUCCAGCCCGCCUACCGGGCCUACGGCAGCAGCCUGCACCCCUUCGCGGGGGCGGAGGGGAUGGGCGGGGCCGGGGCGGAGCCCCCGCUGCUGCUGGUGGAGGCCCUGCACGGGCAGGGCGCGGCGGAGCAGCAGCUGUACGGGUACAAGGAGGCGCGGGCGGAGCCGCAGGAGGAGGUGGUGCGGCGGCUGAGCCUGAACCAGGCCGCGCUGCUGGACCACUUCGAGGCCAUGGCGUACGGCGGGUUCCCCGUCUCCGCCCACCAGCUCAGCCAGCUGGGCUACCACCAGCAGAUGCAGGCGGCCGGCCUGGCCUACGAGCCGCCGCAGCCCGGCCCGGCCUACCUGCACCCCCACGUGCAGGGCCACGUGCGCCUCACCCACAGCCCCGUCCCCACGCUGCCUCCCAUGAGCGCCUCCGGCUCGGUCUCCUCGGCCCCCCCCGGCCCCGCCGCCGACCCCUGCUACCCGCAGGUCUCCUUCCCGCACUCGGCGCCCCCCUUGCUGGCCCACACCGGGGAGCCCGUCCCCGCCGGCGUCUUCGAGUUCCACCUGCACAACGUGUCGGCGGACCCCGCCCUGCUGGCCUCCAGACUGUACCGGGCCCGGCGCGGCUCCAUGGACCUGAACCUGGAGGAGCCGGCGUGCGCGGCGGGGGCGCUGUGCGGCCGCCUGCAGCCCGUCACCGAGGAGCUGUACAGCUACGCCAGCCCCGAGCUCCCUCUGCCCCCGGGGAGCCUGCUGCUGCACGGCCCCAAGGACCGCAGCCCCGAGCCCUCCAGCGACUCCCUGGCCUCCUCCGACGCCGGCGAGUUCCACUCCCCGCCCCCGCACGCGGGCCCGCCCUCCGGGGAGCCGUCCGCCGCCCAGUCCAUCCCCCACGCCUCCUAUUACGGAGCGGACGGCGGGAGCACCGCGGCCGACGCCCACCCGCCCAGCCAGCCCACCUUUCUGUUCGUCCCGCCCUCGGAGGGCCCGGGCACGGCCGCCUCCCACGCUGCCCUGCUGCACGGCUGGGCGCGGCACGCCCCCUACCAGCCCGACCUCUCUUACCACGAGUCCGCCCUGGCACUGCAGGGCUCCGCUUUGCAGCAGGUGUCGGUGGCUCCGCCCUCAGUCCCGCCCACAGCCCUGGCCCCCAGCUCCCAGCAGGGUCCCGUCCCCCUCCAGCAGUACGGAGGUUACUACGUCCCAGCGCUCCCUCCGCAGGUGGCCCCCCAGCCGGCCCCAGUGUCCCUCCCCUCCCAGCCCGUUGCGUCACUGCCCCUCCAGCAGCAGGGCGGCGCCACUGUCACUCAGAGCUCACAGCCCCACCUGCAGCCAAGCCCACUGCCUGCACAGGUGGGCUUCCCUCCGCCUUCCCUUCCGGUAACCAUGGCGCCCGGCGCGCAGGCGCCCCCCGCGGCGGUGUCGCUGGUCGCCGCGGCGCUGCCCGUGCCGCCGCCCGCCUCUGCCGCGCUCCCGCCGCCUAACGCCGCCCAGCUGCCUCCUCAAACGAUGCCUCAGCCGCUGGCCCCCGUCGCCGUGCCAACCGUCCACGCCGGCGCCGCCCCGGCAGAGCUGCCCUAUCAGGCGGGAGACGCUCCUCACCAGACGGCUCAGACUGUGCCUCAGCCUCAGCCUCAGCCUGUGCCAUCGGAGCCGACGCAGGGACAAGCGGCGCAGGUGCCCUCUUCCAUGGAGAGCGGCCACUCGGACGUGGCGUCCGGUCUGAGCGACGGGAACGAGGGGGCGUCGGCCACGGGCGGCAGGCACGAGGGCCGCUCCACCAAGCGGCACCAGCGCCGGUCCGUCCGCAGCCGGUCCCGCCACGAGAAGACGGGCAAGGCCAAGCUGAACGUGCUCAAUAUCUCCAGCAUGGGUGACCGAGUAGCCGAAUGCCAGCUGGAGACACACAACAGGAAAAUGGUCACUUUUAAGUUUGAUCUGGACGGAGACAACCCAGAGGAAAUUGCACAGAUCAUGGUCCUGAGCGAGUUCAUCCUGGAGAGCGAGCGCGAGUCGUUCAUCGAGCAGGUGCGCGAGGUCAUCGACAUGGCCGACGACACAGGCCUGGAACGGGAGGGCAUGAAGGAAGGGUACAGCCAGAUGGCACAGGAAGUGCCCGUGAUUGCUGUUCCUCUCCAGUCAGGUGACUCUCAGAGCUCCACCACACAGGUGGUCCACUCGGCCGGCCGCAGGUUCAUCGUCAGCCCCGUGCCCGAGUCCCGGCUCCGGGAGCAGUUUUUCGCGCACCCUGCAGCGCCCCCUCCAGUCCAGGAAGACCCCGUAGCAGCAGCCCCGGCGGUGGCCGUGGGGCAGGGCCUGUCCCUGUCGGCCUCGGCGGUCAGCCUGCAGCAGGCCUUCAUCGAGAUGCGGCGGGGCCAGUACGACCCGGGGCCCAGCACCGCCCCCGCCUCCGUCCACCUGCCCAACAUGCUCAGCGUGGGGGGGCUCGUGGUGGACACCUGCGUGACGCCCAGCGCCCACCCCCUCGCUCCCAUCACCUCCCCGCCCUUAUCCCAGGCCCUGGCCCUGGCCCAGUCUCAGGCCCAGUCUCAGGCUCAGGCUCAGGCUCAGGCUCAGGCCCAGGCUCAGGCUCAGGCCCAGGCUCAGGCUCAGCAGGCCCCGGCCCCCACCCCCACCCCCGCCUCCCUCCCCACGACUGCCCCCUCCCACGCCCAGCCGGCCCCGCCCUCUGUGCCCCCUGCCGUCACCACGGUUGCUAGCACUGCGCCCCAGCCCCCCUCCUCCACGUCCCCUCCGGCGGCGCCUCCGCCCCAGAGCACCCCCGCCUCCUUCCCCCUCACCUCUCCGUCCGGCCCUCCCGGCCCGCAGCCCCCCGUGUCCGAACCCCAGGCCGGGGGCGCUGGAGCAGGGAGCGCCGAGCAGCCGCCUCCGGCCUCCAGCGUCCCCGCCACUCCCGCCCCCGGCCCCGCCCUCACCACGGUCACCCAGGCCCCCCCGCUCAGCACCACCGCCGCCGUCCCCGGCGCCGCCGCCCCCGUCCUCGUCCCGUCCUCCGCAGCGCCGCUCCUGCCCCCGGGCGUGGGCGUGGGGCUGCUGCCCGUCACCGCCACCAUCCCGGCGGUGCAGCCCACGCUGGUGCACGGCCAGCCGCAGCCCGCCGCCGCGCCCAACCAGGCCCACGCCCACUGCGGCGAGUGCGAGGGCGACCCACAGGCCAAGGCGCCCGGCAUCGACGACAUCCAGGCCCUGGACAAGAAGCUGCGCUCUCUCUUCAGCGACCUGGGCUCGGGCCUGUCCUCCCCCCAGCCCGACGCCUCGGGCGACCCCACCGGCGCCCCCAGCGUCCCCGGGACCUCCUCCCCCACCAACACCAUCUCCUCUGGCUCAGGGGCCCCCCUGCCCCCCACCAGUUUACCGCUGGGCCCCAGCGGGCAGCUCACCACCAGCCCCGCAGCCACCCCAGGGCAGACUGCCACCCCGGUCACCUACAGCCAGACCACCCCAGCCAAGACCACACUGUCCAGAGUCCCGGUGUUGCCUGUUGGCUCAGAGCAGGCUGGCAUCACACCCAUCGAGCAGUUGGCACCCUUCCCUGGACCUUGUCUAACUCAGUCCCAGCAGCCCUUGGAGGACCUGGACGCCCAGCUGAGACGGGCCCUGAGCCCGGAGACCGUCCCCAUCAGCAGCGUCGCGACCCAGUCUCCGGUGGUUGGAGUGUCCUCAGGUGUACAGCCAGUGCCCUUCUCUCUUGCUGCUGAGGCGGAGACGGUGGUCGCACCCGCCCCAGGAGGGUUCAAACUGGGACGAUUCCAGGUGUCUGUGGCUACAGAGGAGGCCCACAGCCCCGCCCCUCCCACCUCAACAGACGACUCCUCUUCCUCCACCACGCGCUCCGUAGCCUCCUCCUCCUCUUCCUCCUCUGCGCCCUCCAGCCCGGAGAACACGCUGCACAAGGCCUCCCCUCCUCUCCGGGGGUCGGGGGGCGACGUGGUGGACGGCCUGCCCCCCCAGCCUGCCGCCGCCGCCGGCGCACAGCCCACCACCAUCGGCCGCUUCCAGGUGACCACCAGCGCGGACACCAAGGUGGGCCGCUUCUCUGUCAGCCGGGCUCAGGACGAGGCCCCUCCCCCCGUCCGCACCCCCGCGGCCGCCCCCCCGUCCACCCUGCCCAACGGCCCCGCCCUCAGCCCGGACACCAAGGCCUCCCUGCCCAACCUCAACAACUCCUUCAACUCCUACCCAAGCAGCGACAACGACUCUGAGUUCGAGGACGAGGACUUCAAGAGGGAGGUCAACCGGCUGCGGGAGAAGCACAUGAAGGAGAUCCAGGCCUUGCACAUGCGGCAGAAGGAGGAGAUCGACGCCCUGUUCGCCCGGCUGGGGAAAGUGCCCCCGCCGGUGGUCAUCCCCCCCGUGGUGGCCCCGGCCAGCCGCAGGAGGCGGCCCACCAAGAGCAAGGGCAACAAGUCCAGCCGCAGCAGCUCACAGGGCAGCAAGAGCCCCCUGCAGCCAGGCACUUUAGCAGCUCAGAGCGCCCCCGCAGGGUUCUCCCCCCAGCAGGCCCUCCUGGCCCCCGGGGGGACCCCUGACUCGGGGAGCAGCCCGAUGCUGCAGCCCCUCAAGCUGUCCCCCUCCAGCGAGAACCUGUGCUCGGCCUACACCAGCGACGCCGCCCUGUCCAUGCCCACCCUCUGCGCUCCCACAGCAGGCUGUGUAAAGUUCAGCUGUGGGUCGGAGAGAGUGACCUUCAAACCAGGUGGCAGAAGGACCCGAUUUCUGAGGAAGAUGGUGAAAAAAGUGUGCCCCUGCAACCAGCUCUGUAGGACGAGCAGCACCAACACGGUCAGCGGGGCGGGCCAGCAGAACCAGCAGCCUGCCACCCUGCCCGCCACCCGCAAGGGCACCUUCACCGACGACCUGCACAAGCUGGUGGACAACUGGGCCCGGGACGCCAUGAGCCUGUCGCAGGGCAAGAGGGGCUCCAAGCAGUCCUCCCACCCGCAGCCCCCCUCCCAGGGCCACAACUACGAUAUGAUCCCUCCAGCCAACAUGGGGCGCAAGUUCUCGGCGCCGGGGCACCUGUGCCCCACCCUGGGGUCCUCCCUGAGCGGCUCGGCGGCGCUCCCCAACACCCCCGCUACCUCGCUGGGGACCCGCAAGGGCUCCCUGUGCCCCACGCCGCAGUACGGCUUCACCUCCGCGCCUUACGGCCAGUGGGCCGGCUCGGCGGGCCACACCCAGGCCGGGCUGCUGGCCACCUCGCAGCCCCUGGCCCAGUUCCCGCCCGUGGGCGGGGCCGCCCUGCAGGGCUUCCACAUCAGCACUUUGCAGAAAUCCGUCAGCAACCCCGGAGGCCCCAACCUGAGGACCACGUAGGCCCCGGGGUAGUGCCGGGGCCCAGACAGAGGGGAGGGGUAGGCCAGAGGGGGAGGGGGCGUGCGUGCGACAGGGUGGCGACAGGUUCCGGACUGCUUCCGAAAUUGUUUUUUCUUUUUCCCCUCCCUGGGCGGAAAGAGGCAGAAAAGGAGGAGGAAGAAGUAAGGGCAGAAGCAAAGCCAGGCGGGGUCUUCAUCGUCUUCAGCGCUUCUGCUAUUUUUUUUUUGUUGUUACUAUUUUUAUUUCCCACCGCCACACGCUGGAGGGUGCGCCUCUCCAGAGCACGCCCCCCUCCCCUGAAGGGGUCCCGGACAGUCUGCGAGGGGACCCGCGGCAACGCAGAGCAAACCAAUGGACACAAGGGUGCAAUGUUUAGCGGCCAAAGAAGGCGUUGACGGAGACUGCAGCGGAGGUCCCUGUGGACCCCCGGCGUUUGCUCCACAGCGGGACGAGCCCGCAGGAGGUGCUGCUCGCAGGGUUCACUGGGCUGGUGUCGGCCGCCGUAAAGAGGCCGUCUUACACCCCUUCUCUAACCCCGCCCCCCCCCCCCC